GAAGAGGAGGCUGGGCCAGCGGAAUGCUACGUGUCUGGGAAGUUUCCUUUUAAACCCCCCUCGUCUUCUUUUUCAGGACCAGUUUUUCUGUGGAGGUUCACGACUCCUCGACUCUCUCUCCUCCAGCCCGGUGUGUGAGCGUGAAGCCCCGGUGUUCAGCAGUCAGUCAGUCCGUCGGCGGUGUGUUAACCAGCGAAAUGUCUGGAGUGAAGAAGCUUCGUACGGAUCUCAACAGGUCGACCAAUGUCUCGUACCAGGCCCACCAUGUCACCCGGAGCAAGAGAGGGCAGAUCGUGGGCAGCAGAGGAGGCUUCAGAGGCUGUACCAUCUGGCUCACCGGUUUGUCAGGUGCCGGGAAGACCACCAUCAGUUUUGCCCUGGAAGAGUUCCUCGUGUCCCACGCUAUUCCUUGCUACUCACUGGACGGAGACAACAUUCGCCACGGCCUGAACAAGAAUCUGGGCUUCUCCGCCGAAGACCGCGAGGAGAACAUCCGUCGCGUUGCCGAGGUGGCCAAACUGUUCGCAGACGCUGGGCUGGUGUGCGUCGCCAGUUUCAUCUCUCCUUGCGCCAAGGAUCGUGAUGAGGCGAGGAAGAUCCACGCAGGCGCCGGACUGCCGUUUUUCGAGGUGUUUAUCCACGCUUCUCUGGAGGUGUGUGAGAGCAGGGAUGUGAAAGGGCUUUACAAGAAGGCUCGCGCCGGAGAGAUCAAAGGUUUCACCGGAAUUGACUCAGAGUACGAACGUCCCGAGGCAUCAGAUCUAGUGCUGAAAACCGGGGAGCUCACAGUGAAUGAGUGCCUCCACCAGGUGUUGGAGCUGCUCAGGGAGCAGAAUAUUGUACCAGGCGAGAUCAUGGAGGAGGUGAAUGAACUCUUUGUUACAGAGAACAAGCUGAACCUUGCUGUGGCUGACGCAGACACGCUCCCCACCAUCAGCAUCACCAAGUUGGAUCUACAGUGGGUGCAGGUCCUGUCAGAAGGCUGGGCUAGCCCUCUGAAGGGCUUCAUGAGAGAGAGGGAGUUCCUCCAGGUCUUACACUUUGGCAGCCUGCUGGAUGGCGGGGCCAUCAACCUGUCUGUUCCCAUCGUCCUGCCUGUCAGCGCUGAGGUCAAGCGGGAACUGGACGGUUGUGCAGCCGUAGCUCUGGAGUACCAGGGUUCACGCGUGGCUAUUCUCAGGAACCCCGAGUUCUACCCACACCGCAAGGAGGAGCGCAGCGCCAGACAGUGGGGCACCACUUGUCCACAGCACCCUUACAUUAAGAUGGUUAUGGAGGGAGGCGAUUGGCUGGUAGGUGGUGACCUGGAGGUGCUGGAGCGAAUCAAAUGGAACGACGGACUCGACCAUUACCGCCUCACUCCGCAGGAGCUCAAGGAGAAGUUCAAAGGCAUGAAAGCAGAUGCAGUAUUCGCGUUCCAGCUGCGCAACCCGGUCCACAACGGUCACGCCCUGCUGAUGCAGGACACCAAGCGCCGUCUGCUGGAGCGUGGCUACAACAAUCCAGUCCUCCUGCUUCACCCGCUCGGCGGCUGGACCAAAGAUGACGACGUGCCGCUGGAGUGGCGGAUGAAGCAGCACGCGGCUGUCCUGGAGGAGGGCAUCUUGGACCCAGCCAGAACCAUUGUUGCCAUCUUCCCAUCACCUAUGAUGUACGCUGGACCAACAGAGGUUCAGUGGCACUGUAGAGCCAGAAUGAUCGCCGGAGCCAACUUCUACAUUGUUGGCAGAGACCCUGCUGGCAUGCCCCAUCCGGAGACUAAGCAGGACCUGUAUGACCCCACUCACGGAAGCAAGGUCCUCACCAUGGCCCCGGGCCUCACCUCUGUGGAGAUCAUCCCCUUCCGGGUCGCUGCCUACAACAAGUCCAAGAAGGCCAUGGACUUCUAUGACAAAGAGCGACAUGCCGAGUUUGAGUUCAUCUCUGGAACCAAGAUGAGGAACAUGGCUCGAAACGGAGACAACCCUCCAGAUGGUUUCAUGGCCCCCAAGGCCUGGAAGGUGUUGGUCGACUACUACACCUCUGUGCAGAAAGACAAGUAAUCAUCACAGCGCUCAGUUCACCAGUGAAAAGCAGUUAAAGGGGCAUAAAUAGACACCCUCCCCUCCAGGAGUAUUUUACUUAAAUUUUUGUUUUUAUAUUGUACAAAAACACUAAUUUAGAUUCCUAUAAAUAAUUAGUCAUUCUGGCAGGGGUGGGUGUUUUGUUCAAGUCUUUACCGAAUCAAAACGACUUCUCUUAAGCAGUUAAAGCAUUACAUUCCUAUAAAACUAUGUGAUUUAUAAAUACAUUGUAUUAUAUAUGCAUAUUAAAUUAAGCUAUGUAUUUUAAUAAAUUAAAGGUAAGUUGAGAUUUUUAUUUUUAAAAUUUAGGAGCACAUCCCAAGACAGGGAAAUCAAUUUUGAUAUUUACAUGUAAUAUCUGACAAAAAAAAAUCACUUUUUAUAGCAUUUUAUGGCAAUUAUAUCACCGUCUGUCGACCUGAAUGAAAGUUACUUGCAGUUGUAUCACUGCCCACAGUGCCUAUUUAUUCUACACGUAGGCCAUGAAUGUUAAUGAAUUCAUCCUGUUAAUGUUUCAUAUUAUUGUGAAGUACAACAUUGAUUUUUUUGUAAUAAUGUGAAAGUGCCUUCCUCUCAAAUGUCAACGUUACAAAACAGACUUUUAUUUAAUUUCUUGCUGACGUUUGGCUGAAAUGUCAUUUUGAAUCAUUGGUGACUGCCUGAUACCGGGAUAUUGUGUACUGUAACCUAAAAAAGAUGCCUUUUAAUGUAAUGGAUUAAAAAAAUAAUCUUUUCCGUGA